CGUCUUUAUGCCACCGUCGUUGACUCCCCUGGCCGUCCCUGUCCUUGCUCCUAAAAUACUAUUCCCCCAGCAGGCUCGCCUGUCGUUGCUUCGUACUCCGUGCAAAUUCUCAAUUGACGAAGCACAAACACCAUCGCACGUUGCUACAUUUUGUUCGACACAGUACUCCCUAUCCACACACUACCCCGUCCGUCUCUGGGUGACAACCACGACACAACAACAUCAUCAUCAUCCUGUCGCUACGCAUCAUCAAGUCCAUUGCUUCAACCUCUUAGCAACAUCCUCGCUACACCUAGUUGACGCUCUUGGCGCUCUUGCCCACCUUUGCGGCACAUGAAUCGUUGCAGAGUUGUCCUCUGCACGAACCCGCUUGGCUCCCAUUAGGCUUCGCUCCGCCCGACUGCCCAGCAACCAUGGCCUCCCAUCUAUGCUCGACACCUCCGCCUCCAGGUAGCGUGCGCACGCCAGACACCCCAAAGCACGGCUACAGCGACUCCUGGGAGCCCUUCUCCCCGCGCAAGUCGGCUCGUAUCUCGGAGAAACGUGCUAGCGCUCGCACACCUUCACCCAACACAACAACGCAUAAAUCCGCGUCCCGCAAGCCGGCAUCAAACAUCUUCUCCACGCCUGCCACCUCUCCUCAGAAGCGCCGUCUUCCGGCCAUGGACUCUGUCCGCCGCGCCCCGAACACAUGCACCGCAGAGGCCCCUACUUUGGCUGGCCAUGGACUCCCCAUCCCUCUAACAUCCUCGUCUUACUCCAAGUCGAAGACUGGCUCAGCAUCAAUCUCUCGCGUCGGCACCAUGCUCCCCACUCCAGCAAAGACUCCGCGCAAGCAGCCAAACGAAAAUGAUGCAGCAGCCGUGCGGUCCGUGGCACGCAACCUCUUUAGCGCCGAGUCUGACAUGAUUGCGUCACCACGGAAGAGGAAAGCCAAGAAGUACUCGGGCAUUGCCAUGGAGAGUUUUGUUGCCGAAGAUAUUGAGCAGCCCAUUCCCAUCUUCACCGACUCAAGAGAUCGCAUCCCUUCAAUAGAUAGGAGCAGUGCCAAUCCUUUCUAUGCCAACAAUGCUGCCGCCCACGACAGUGACGUCGCGUUCGAGCCAGAGACCGCCAAGAGACGUAGCAGGCGUCGUCAGGUCACUAUUCCGGGAGAAGGCUCGCAAACCGUCGAAGAAGCUGUGCAGAGGGAUGACGGCAUAGUAUACGUGUUCCGAGGAAAGAAGAUUUUCCGCAAGUUCUCAGACAGCCAGGACGGUCGAUCGUCUGCCCUUGCAGCUGGUGAUGAUGAGAUGUCCCUUGAGGCCGCAGCGGAUGAGGAGACGCCACGUCGCCUGACUCGCUCAGCUAUCAAACCUCGCUUGCUCUUCCCGCCUCGGGACAAGGCGCCCGCCACUGAGGAGGACGACGAAGAGGCCGUCACGGACAUCGAAGAUAACGGCGUGUCGUUCUUGAAUGCCGCAACUAUGCCUCACCCAGAGACACCCGCAGAAGCGCAUGAAGACAACCUGAAGACACCCAAAGCACCACGCUUUGCACCUGCCUCGCCUCCAUCCACCAUUCGUACGACACGCACGACUAGCAAGGACCUCGCGAACGAAUCGCCACUGAAGCGGCCCAUUAAGUCUGGUAGCCCAUUCGACAGCUGGCGUGUUUCUAAGCGAACGUCUGGUCGAACGAGCCUAAAGCGUGAGGGCGAGCCUCUCGAGUCUUCCUUGGAGACCUCGAAGCGUCAAAGAGCAUGAUCGCCACUCAAACAACAGCGAACGCCUCUUUUUUUACGAGUUGUUGCGACUGUCCACGGCAAGUGGUACGCAGCCGGUGUCAUAUCCGCGGCACUAUGAGGUUGUCGAUAACCGGGAAGGGAUGUCAGCAGUCCUACCACAGGAUACAUUUGUUCUGCCGUGCGCAUGUGCUAUCUUACACACUUUUAAUGACUUGACGAGCAUUGUUGUCAGCGAGGCAGGUUUGCAAUUCAGAAUACCUUCAGAGAAUGGUUAUUUUGACGUGGGUUUUGUUGGGAAAGUGUUGCCUUCAUUGAAGGCAGAACGUCGUAUCGGACGGAAAGGACAGUCCACGCACCGGUAUCCUGAGAUUGAUGUCACUCGGGUUUUUUUUCGCGCACCUCUGGUCGCUUGGCUGCAAGUGGUUUUGUCCAACGGCACGCCAAGUACGGUAUUUUUUGCUCUUGGACAGUCACAGUAGAUAGAUAAUACAUUGGGAAUUUGACCCCA